ACUGUCGUGGUCUCUCCAACCACAGGCUCUCGCACCGCCGCCGAGUGCGGCGCCUGCCUGCCUGGCUUCCACGAACAUGCCGGCCACUGCGUGUCCUGCCCCACGACAACCCUGGGGCGCUGUCCAGAGCCCUGUGUGGCCAUCUGUGGCUGGAGGCAGAUGUUCUGGAUGCAGCUGCUGCUGGCCAGCCUGGCUGUCCUACUCCUGCUUGGGGCCGUCCUGACCUAUGUAUACUGCUGCUGCAGGCCUUCCAAGCCCAGGGUGGCUGCAGAACAAUCUGGGGUGGAGGCUUGGACGCCCCUGCAGGUGACCCACUCCUCACCGCCAGAGUGCGCCCGCGCCCUUCUGGUGCCACCCAGUGAGAAGGCCCACCUGGAGAAUGGCCGGACCCCCUGCGCCCCCCAGGAGGUCCCCUGGGGCCAGCUGCCCUGCAGAGCUCUUGGUCCCACGCCGCUGCCCGCGCCCCCGCCAGCUCCGCCUGCAGGCGCGGCGGCCUCGGUGCUGCAGCCCGGCGCGCAGCUCUACGACGUGGCGGACGCGGUGCCCGCGCGGCGCUGGAAGGAAUUUGUGCGCACGCUGGGGCUGCGCGAGGCGGAGAUCGAGGCGGUGGAGGUGGAGGUCGGCCGCUUCCGCGACCAGCAGUACGAGAUGCUCAAGCGCUGGCGCCAGCAGCAGCCCGCCGACCUGCGCGCCGUCUACGCGGCCCUGGAGCGAAUGGGGCUGGACGGCUGCGCCGAGGACCUGCGCAGCCGGCUGCAGCAGCGCGGCCCGUGAGGCGGGACCCGCCCGCCACCCCAGGCUACGUGGGCGUCCCCGAAGACCUAAGUACAGUUACUUAUGCGUGUAGACAUUUUAUGUCACUUAACAAGAAGCCCCUGGGUUGGCCCUGAGAGCAGCGCCGGCGCCCCCAAGGCCCGGUUCAGCCCAAAAAGCAGGAUGAAUAGCGCGAGGGGUUUAGCUGAUUCCUUGGUA